AUGGAUAUUCGCUUCGAGCCUGGUCUUUCACUUUCUGAAGCAUUAGAUAUUUUAUUAAACAAUGAUGAGAUAGAAGGUGAUAUUUUCAUCGAGCCACCUAAUCCUAGUGUCGAUACUGAUGAAGAUUCAGGUGAUGAAGACGGGAGUGGUUUAGUUGAUAAUCUAUCAUCUCGACAAUUGACAGCAAACGCUGAAAUUCGACUAGGAAAUAAAGAAAGAGUAGGCGAUUUUUGUAACGAACUAGUUCAACCUAUAGACAUUUCUUCUACUUCAAUUUCGACUCAUAGAUCACCGUCUGUUGAAACAUUGGUGUUAACACUUGAAAAACACCGAAAAUGGUUAGAGGCUAGGAAAAAAUCCAAACAAAUAUCUCGUUGGGAAAAGGGAGCAGAUUUUGACAUCGAAAGACCCGCUUCAUUUCCCGAACCAGAUUACUCUAGGUAUAAAAGUAUGUCCGCUAUCGAAAUUUUUGAAAAAUUUAUUGAUACCGAAAUUGUUGAACAUUUAGUUGUAGAAACUAGACGGUAUGCGUUAUUUUUAAACUGCCCAGAUCCAAACAUAACAGAAGAAGAAAUUCGUGUUUUUAUUGCCAUAUUAUAUAUUUGUAGAUUAUUGCAUCUUGCUAAUAACAUUGAUAUCAAUCAAAACGAUAAAGCGUGGAAAAUACGCCCAGUUAUAGAGAUGCUAAAAAAAAAAUGUAUUGAAAAUUUUAUUCCUGAACAACAUCUUGCCUACGAUGAGAGUAUGGUCAAAUAUUUUGGGAGACAUAGUUGCAAACAGUUCAUUCGUGGGAAACCGAUUAGAUUUGGAUACAAGGUAUGGUGUCUGAACACAAAAGAUGGGUAUUUAGUUAAUUUUGAACUUUAUCAAGGCAAAAGCCCUAAAGCUAACACUGUGUAUGAACAAUUAUUUGGUAAAGCUGCAAGUCUAUUAUUAGUUCUUAUAGAUGAAAUUUCGGCUGAAAAGAGGCAAUUAAAUUAUUCUUUAUACAUGGAUAAUUUAUUUUCUGCAAUAGGAACUAUCCGUGAAAAUAGAAUUCCUAAAGACUGUCCUUUACAAAAUAAAAAAUUAUUUACGAAAAAAGAACGCGGAUACUUUGAAACAGCAAUGGAUAAAAAUGAUGGUCUUUUGUAUGUUCGGUGGAUGGACAACGCUGUGGUUACAAUGAUAUCGACUUCAUGUGGUACAAAAGAAAUGUCAUGUUAA